CUGUAUAUAAAUAAAUACGAAAGACAUGGCAGCGCGGGAGUCAGGGAGAAUCAAGGAUGCCUACCAGAAGAGGGUUCUUGAUGAUGCAGCAAGAAAAAGAAGACAUAAAAAAGCACUCGAGGCUUUGGAACAGGAUAAUUUCCAUGACGAUCCCCAUGCUGACUUAGUAAUGAGCAAGAAAGCCCCCAAGUUCCAAGAGUCCCUAGACGGCCGUGGCCCGAGAAAGAAGAAAACUCGUUCAGCUGAAUACUACAAGCAACGUUUUCGGAAGAGCUUUGGACAAUUAGUUGAGGAAGAUGCCAAUAAUAAUCCAGCUCCACCGAAUUACUCGAGUGCUCAAGCACAACCAUCAAAAUUCCCCGAGAGACAUUUUUGCGCUGUUUGUGGAUUUCCCAGUAAUUACACAUGCAUUCCUUGUGGUGCAAGAUAUUGCACUGUGAGAUGUCUAGGUACACAUCUCGAUACAAGAUGCCUCAAAUGGACAGCUUAAAAUUUUUUAAAUAAUUCCCCAUUAUCCAAUAAAACAUUAAAACAUCAUUUUACUCUCAGGCUUGAA